UUGUCGACCUUAACGAACUUUCUGACAAACCUAAUGCUCGAAUCUUCAGAAUCUAUGGUGACGUAAUUCAACUAUCAAAUACUUUGGAAAUUCCACAUUUGGAUGGCAGUGGUAUUAUUUUGAUUGCAGCAAGACAAGUUGAAAUUAAACCAGGAUGUCAAAUAAUUGUUAAUUACAAGAAAUUCUUUCGAAUAGUAAUAUACACUAAAGAAAUGACUUCUGAACUUGAAAUUAUCGCCAAAAAUCAACUAAAAAAUGAUGAUUCAUCAAAAUUCGUUAUUAACAAAUUAAAAGAUGAUAAAUGCGUUGGUAAAUUACUUACUAUACGCGAUGGCAAGAACCCUGAAUAUAAAGACAUACAUGUAUUUGAUAAAAUUAUCCUUAAAAAUCAUUCAUUCCUUAAAAUAGUACGAUACUCUUUACUCAUCGCAAGUGUCUUAUUUUAUGAUAAUCCUGAAAUUACACGAUCAAUCCUCGAUUGGAUAAGUAAAAUAACCAAAUCACAAUCGGAAACAAAAGAACAAUCUAAAAUAAAAGAAUUAUACUAUCAAGCGCUUUCGAUUCUUGUACAAUUAGAUAUUUUUGAAGAAAGAAGGAAUAAUGAAAUUUCAUUUGUUCCAUUAUUGGAUAAACAAUUCUACAAAAAUGGGAUAAAUGAAUUUAUGGAUACUGUAAAAUUUUAUGAAGAUAAAUAUAGGCAAUUUCUAAAUAAAAGUGAUAAAAUUGAUCAAAUGAAAUUAGAAUCCGAAUUUUCAUUAGAAAAUAUUAAUGAUGAAACCGAAUUGCAUGAUAAUUUAAAAAGGAAUGAAUAUGAACGUUAUGAUUCAGCAUCUAAAUUGGUGAAAAAGAUAGAAGACGAGUUAAAGGAGAAACAAAAUGUUGUAAACAACGCAUGUGAACAUUUUAAAGAAGAAAUUGAAAAAUGGAAGGAUCAAAAGAUCUAUGAGGCACAAAUGAACGUGUUAUUUUCAGUUUUUAACUUAGCUAUACAUAUUGGUACAAUUGUCAUCAGACCUGAUGGCAUAGUUAACAUUAUUGAAUCUAUAGAAAAGACAUCUAUUUCGGUUCAAGAUGCUCUGAAUGCUAGUGAUAAAGUAAAAGCAUUCAUUGACGAAAACAAGGACUUAAAUGACAUAAAGGAUAAAAUUGAAACAAUUCAAAAAAUUGAAGAAGAUUUAAAAAAUAAUUGCGACAAGGCUAAAGAUCUGAAUAAUAGUGUGAUAACAGAGCAAAAAAGAAUCGAAUCUUUGGAU